CACAAUCAAUAGUUCCAACCAGAGAACCAACCCAACCAUACUACCCUCUGGGAAAGGGAGGGGAAAGAGAUGGCAUAAGAGACAGAGACAGAGUGGGAGAGGAACACAGCGAAACUAUCUGCAGGCACAGACAGACACAGAUAUCCAUCCAGACAGACAGGAAGGCCUUGCUCCCCAGCACAGAAAGAUGAGCUCUCAGAUGUACACAGACCUGUCUGCGGCUCCCUCGUCUGGCUCAGCCCUGGAGCUACGCUUUGCAGAGGACACCUCUCUCACUGAGGUGAUGCGGCUACGUGUCCAGUCCCUGCAGCGGAGCGGUCAGAAGCGACAGGAGGGGGAGCGGUUGCUCCUCCCCCACGAGGCUGUCUACCGUCUGGACUUCGCCAAUCAGGAGCUGACGUUCGUCCACUGGUCGGUGUCUCUGAUUGGCAAUGGCAGAGUGACUGUCACGGGGAUCUCCCAGCUCUGGACCCCUGACCUCACACACCUGAUGACCCGGCAGCUUCUAGAACCCGUCGGAACAUUCUGGCGGAACGCUGGCGACCCGGAGGACACGCCCCUCAAGUGUCUGGAGGCGGACAUCCAGGAGUUCGGGGAGCGAAUCGCGGAGCUGGCCAAGGUCCGCAAGGUCAUGUACUUCCUGUUUGCCUUUAAGGAGGGGGCGGAGGCUGACAAGGUCAGCAUCUCCGUGGAGUUUAAUCAGGCCUGACCUAUAAACCUUAAAGGGAUACUUUAGGAUUUUGGAAAUGAGGCCCUCUGGACACAGAAGUGUGUGCUUCUCUGUGUCCAGUGUGAAGGUAGAUAGAGGUAGUUUUGCGAGCCAAUGCUAAUGCUAGAAGACUGGAAGUCAUUGCCCUAAUGCAUGUUAGCAGAUACCCAUAGACUUCCAGUCAUUGCGCUAACACUAGUUAGCAUUGGCUCGCAAAACUACAUCUAACUUCCUUCAUACUGGACAUAGACAUACAAAUGGUAUCCACGAGUUCAUCUGACUCUGGGGAAGUAGAUAAAAGGCCUCAUUGCCAAAAUCCCAAAGUAUCCCUUUAACUGCUUCCUCUUCCCUCUACUCCUCUAGUCUCCCUCUCUCCAUUCUAAGGGAAUGCCUUCUAUUACAGCCAUUCUAGGUUGGACCAGUCUACACACCUCUGUCUCUCUUUGCCCCCUGCCCACACAAACCCACCGAGUCCCAUUUCUCAUCUGAGUGUGUGCGCACUUCCUUCCUGAACAUCUAUCUAUGCAUGUUAGUCAACAACCUGCUAGAAACCAUCUUCUGAAGGUACAGUAGUUACACAGUAGUAACAGUAGGCUGCAGAAUCACUAAUUUAGGAGGUUAGAAUCCUAUAGAUACGGGUAACUGCCAAAAUAAAGGAAACACCAACAUAAAGUGUCUUAAUAGGGCGUUGCGCCAGCACGAGCCAGAACAGCUUCAAUGCACCUUGACAUAGAUUCUACUAGUGUCUGGAACUCUAUUGGAGGUUUGCGGCACCAUUCUUCCAGAAGAAAUUCCAUAAUUUGGUGUUUUGUUGAUGGUAGUGGAAAACGCUGUCUCAGCCGCUCCAGAAUGUAUAUAUUUAAGUAUGAUGGAAUGUUAAUUGCUUAAUUAACUCAGGAACCAUACCUAUGUGGAAGCAGCUGCUUUCAAUAUACUUUGUAUCCCUCAUUUACUCAAGUGUUUCCUUUAUUUUGGCAGUUAACUGUACAUUUAUAUUGAAAACCUGAAUGAUAUGAAUGAAUAGGUCUUUCUGAUCCUUCUUAAUAGGAAAUAUUAGAGAACCAAUGCUGCAAUGUAACUCCAACUACCUGCUGUACUAUGACUCUAAUCUACACUGUAUUACUCUCCUAUUACACUGCACUGAUAUACUAGUUACCAUAUUCACUUUGCAUGAAAUAUCACAACAAUAUACUGUAAACUGGCCAAGUCCUCUACUGCUGUCCAAUAAAGAGAUGUAGGUACUCUG